AUGGGUCCCUCUUUUCUUGUACUUUCUAGAAGGUUUGUUAGUACCAACACGAUUUUCAGCUCGCCUCUGCCGAAGCUCAGUAAGAAACAAUUGAAAAGCCUCACUACAACGGAUCUUCUAAUUAAGUUUGGAUAUGUUAAGCAGCCUCACGCCGGUAUCACGCACUGGCUUCCACUUGGAUUGGCGACUUUGAGAAAUUUUGAAGAUCUUAUUAGAGGGCGAUUACGGGAAGGAGGAGUCUUGGAGACUUCUUUGUCGUCUCUUUCGCAUAGUUCUCUAUGGCAUAAGACCAAUCGAUGGAAUAACGAAGAGUUGUACAAAUUGAACGAGGAUUUCUGUUUAGCUGCCACCGCCGAAGAAGAAAUCACCGAUUUGGUGAAAAGUUACGCCGAUUCGUACAAAAAAUUGCCUGUUUUGGUGUAUCAGAUGACCCGAAAGUACAGAGACGAGAAGAGACCCCGAGGAGGUCUACUUAGAGGACGUGAGUUCAUAAUGAAAGAUGCAUACAGCUUUGACGUCGAUGAGCAGUGUGCUUUACAGAGCUUUAACAAAAUGAACGAGAUUUAUUACAGCAUAUUCAAAGAUUUAAAGGUUCCUUUCGUUAAGGCCAAUGCAGAUUCCGGAUCUAUUGGAGGAGAUUUGUCGUACGAAUGGCAUUUUGUUUCAGAUAAGGGAGAAGACACGCUAUAUACGUGUGACAACUGUCAUACAACAGGCAAUAUUGAAAAAGUGAGACCUUACGUUGAAAAGGAUGCGGAGCCAGCUGAAAAGGCAGCCGUUACUUAUGCACUAACUACCAAUAACGAUCUCGUUUGCUUCUAUUACCCUGAAGGAAAGCAUCUGAACAUUAAGUUUAUCGAGGCAGAAGAUAUUAUUGAUCUCAAUACCCGGAUAGUCGAUCAGAAGAAGGUGUUGGAUAUCUUCGGUUCGGAAAAUGAGAAAUCUGAUGGGUUUAAAAGCAUAAUCAGAAUAACAGACGUUGGUAUUGGUCCAGGAACUGAGAUGCCGGAUAUGGCGGUUCCAUUUAUGAAGUCCAGAAUGACGACUUUUGAAAACAUGGAGCUUACUGAAGUUCAGGAAGGGGAUAGAUGCUCGAAUUGUGAAGGAAUUGGUCAUCUUCAUGCUUCAAAGGGUAUUGAAGUUGGACAUACUUUUUAUCUUGGUAAGAAGUAUUCGAUUCCUUUGGAUGCUACAUUUGUGGACAGGAAUGGAGAGAAGCAGUUCUAUGAAAUGGGAUGUUAUGGUAUUGGAGUUAGUAGAUUGCUUGGUUCUGUGGCUGAGGUUUUACGGGAUGAUGGGGGACUCAGAUGGCCUGCUAUUAUUUCACCAUUACAAGUUACGGUAGUGAAAAGUCCAGCAUUUGAGGAUGCAAGUGUGGACGAUAAUUGUAGAGUGUCUAGACUCGUUCAGGAUUUGGAUACCUUGAAAGUUCGUGUUGAACUGGAUGAGGGGGAGUCAGGUUUGGGAACGAAACUUAAUAAAUCGAAGCAGCUAGGAAUACCAUUACAAGUGAUUGUGGGUAAAGCGUUUCCUAAGGUGGAAAUUGAAGUGAGAGGUGUCAUUUCAGGAGAUAAAGGAAUGAGAGCUAUUGAGAGUAAGAAGGCGGAAUGGGGAUUCGAAACCAGGGAAGUAAAAGGAAUUGUGAAGCAUUUUGUAGAUAUUGAUCAUGCAGCCGAAGUGAUCAGAUUAAUGUUAAAGGAUUUGUGA